GAAGCAUUUAUUGCAAACCAGGAUGAGCUUAAGGAAGUCAUGUUGGUACAAUGAGCCGAACACCAGGCAGCACCUCGGUUCCAAACAAGAUUACUAAUAAUUUUGAUCAAAUUAAACAGAAAAACAACAAAAACAGUUGAGAUCUGAUUCAGAAAAUGCAUCAACGAAGUGGUAAAUCAAUUUAAAAUACAUUUAUGUAAAAUAUAUAGUGGUGAAAACUGUAAAAAGCAUAAAACGAAAAUCAUUUGAAAACAAAAAUGGCAAACUAACGAAUAAAAAUCAGCACAUUAAAACUAAAUUUGUAAAACGUAAGUAUUUUAUAGUAAAACAAUAUAAAGUGAAAUGGUAUAAAAAGGGAAAGACGCAAAAGAAACGAAAAUUAAAUAAAGCGAACUAAACGGUCAGAACCCCUGAGCAAGAUGGCGGCUGCGGCUAGCGCUUCCUCAGGCUCCUGCUCUGUCACGUGUCUGCUGUCGACCAAUCAGAGCUGUGUGCGUUCAGGACGACAACAACCCGCUGAGCGGCGGAAUGCUAGCGGACCGCUGGCCCGAAAACACGGAUUCAGACGCGGGUUUCGACUGUUUUCUGUUUGCAGUUAGUUCUUUUAACCUGACCCGGUCCAGUAGAACUGUUCUGGGGUUCUGACCGAGUCCAGCCUGGGUCCUUCCUGAGCUCUGACAUUCCCAGCUCCCUGAAGGUUAGCAUGGAGGUUCUGGAAUGUUAGGACGAUGUUCAAGAAUGUGUUCGGCUCGGGAUUCCUGGUGAGGACGGCCCAUGUGGUUCUGACCUGGAUCAUCACGCUCAUCCUCUUCCUGUAUGACACAGAGCUGAGGAAGCAGGAGGAGACGGGCCAGCUGCUGCAGCCGGUUCUGUUCGUCCUGCUGGUUCUGGUGUCGGUUCUGCUGUACUUCGCGGUGUCGCUCAUGGAUCCGGGAUUCAUCCUGACUGAGGACAGCGACCUGCAGUUCACUCUGGGAGUAACGGAGGAGCAGCAGGACAUGAUCCCACCCAGCAGCAAGUCGCUGCAUCAGCGCCGCUGCGGCCGCUGCCUGCUGCAGCAGCCAAUGAGGUCGAAGCACUGCCAGACGUGUCAGCACUGCGUGCGGCGCUACGACCAUCACUGCCCCUGGAUCGAGAACUGUGUUGGCGAGCGGAACCACCGCUGGUUCGUCCUGUACCUGGCCCUGCAGCUGCUGGUGCUGCUGUGGGGGCUGCACGUCGCCUGGACGGGCCUGGGCCACGCCCCCUCCUGGUCGCGGUGGCUGCGCACCAACGGCGUGCUGCUGGCGGUCUGCGGGCUGCUGGCGCCGCUGGCGCUGGUGGUGCUGCUGCUGCUCGGGUCGCACCUCUACCUGGUGUCCAUGAAUGCCACCACCUGGGAGUUCAUGUCGCGCCACCGCAUCUCCUACCUCAAACACUGCGGCGCCGACGAGAACCCGUUCGACCGCGGCGCCGCCCGCAACCUGUGGGGCUUCUUCUGCCAGUGGGGCAGCGUGGUGUGGGAGCAGGCCUACUUCAGGGAGGGCAGCGACCCGGUUUAGGUUCUGACCCGCUCAC